CGACACCCAAUCUCCGCGCUCUUUUUGGAGUUCAACAGCUUGACCCUUUGUUCAGCCUCGAAUCCCUGGCAUAUCUCGAGCUUCCAACGGUUACGAAAUGACAUAGUCGCUGUCACUACGCCAUUUUCAUUGCGAAAUCGCCCGAACAUCAACCAGAAUGGUAGUCUGCAAGUUCUACGAGCAGGGGAACUGCAGGUAUGGACAGAACUGCCGAUUCGAGCACCCACGGUCGCAAUCAAACAAUCGCUUCGCAGCCUUUGGCCAAAACACUGGAGGAGGAUUCAAUCGAGGCGGCAACAACAACGAUGGCCUACCAUAUUCACUAUCAAAGGAAGCCAUUGAGAAGGAUCUGACAUCAGAAGCGCCGCAAUGGAUCUUGUCCGCUUACGGCCCCGGGAGGGAUGCUCCGGAACAGCUCUUCGGUGGUAACCUGCGCGAGCAGAGUUUUGAAGAGAUGAGACUCGUUCACAUGAUGGCGACAGCCUCUGGAAAUCCUCAGCAAGCCCUCAAUCAAGCACAAGAGCUAUACCAGCAAGCGCAGCAACAAAUGAAGACGGCAGUGGGCAACCUUGACGGAGCUAUACAAUUUGUCAUCUCAGCCGAACAGACGCACCCCAACAGGAUAGAUAUCUGCAAGCAAGGCACGUUGUCAGGUGGGACCACAGGGGAGUUUGCAGUUGGAAAACGGGCCGCUUCUUCACAACAGAACCCUUUUUCGUCAAACUCAAACGCAGCAUCAUCGAACCCAUUCUCCUCCAACAACACCAACACGGCUUCUGCCUUUGGUGGCGGCGGUGGAGCUUCAACAGGGAGCGCCUUUGGCCAGCCAGCGGCCUUGGGGCAACGUGCGAAUCCCUUUGGCACGCCAGCUUUUGGUCAGACUUCGCAACCGUCGCAGCAGACUUCAGCAUUCGGCCAACCAUCACAGCCCACAUCUGCGUUUGGUGUCGCAAGCAGCUCAGCACCGGCCUUUGGCCAGACAUCGCAACCUACAUCUGCUUUUGGACAACCCAGCGCGCUGGGAGGUGGAACAUCAGCAUUUGGCCAGGCUUCAGCACUGGGCCAGAAGCCAAAUCCUUUUGGCGCGCCUGCUGCUUUCGGUCAAGCAUCUCAACUCGGCGGAGGCGGCAGCGCGUUUGGCCAAGCAAGUGCUCUGGGACAAAAGCCGAAUCCCUUUGGUGGCGCGACGAGCGGUGCCAGCCCGUUUGCCAGCGCCGGAGGCAGCGGCAAUUCACCUAGUCCUUUUGGUCAGGCUUCGCAGAACACUGCCAGUCCCAGUCCCUUUGGACAGCCCGCGCAAACUACGACACAAAACGCCAACCCUUUCGGGGCUCCAGCCCAGGCGAAACCAAGUCCGUUUGGUCAGCCAGCACAGCCUGCGACAACAAGCGCGUUUGGACAACCGGCUCAACCUGCAUCUUCGAAUCCCUUCGGACAACCUUCUCAAGCGCAACCGGCGACCAGCAACCCCUUUGGAUCGAAACCCGAUGCGCAGCCCAGCGCCUUCGGUCAGCCGGCGGCGAAUGCUCAGCCAGCACAGCCAACGCAGCCCGCCAGCGGAUUCGGACAACCAGCUCAGCUCGGCCAAAAGACGAACCCUUUCGGACAGACCAAUGCGUCUCCGUUCAGUCAACCGGCUGGUGGUAUCGGAGCGGGUGGGUCAGCACCAAACCCUUUCGGAGGUCAGACCGCUGCUCCAGCUACGCCCGCCGCGCAACAAGCGGCGGCGCCUGGGAACGGACCGUACCCGCCGGGCAGCUCGAGGCAGCAUCCACCCGUGUCGAGCUACAGCUCCAAGGACAUGAAUGGGCGGCUGUCCAACUGGAAGGGCAAGCCCGUCACCUACCAGAACAACUUGCCCGGCAUCCGGGCCUUCAACGGCGCGUGGUCGAGGAUCUGGUUCCCGGAUGGCCCGCCAAACUACUACAAGGACACUGAACUACCCGACGAGUUAUAUGACGACAAGUCGAAGCAGCAGUGGCAGGCGUUUACGCAGACGGGCAGGUUUGAGGGCCUCAUGCCCGAGUUGCCUCCCAAGAGGGAGUUUUGCCUUUGGGAUCUGUAA